CAGUCACACACACACACACGCUUCUAGAUUAAUGUACUGCUCAGGAUGUUGCAGCCGCAGCAGCCCAUCACAGGCAACGGGCCCAGCGCAAGCCGCGGUCUCGGGUUGAGCGUCCACCCGGGAAUGCAUCCUCUUAACCCGGUGCACCCGUCCUCUCAACACCGCUCCGAUGGAGACCCAGCGGGCCUCGAAGGCAGCGAAAACGGACACGACAACCGCCGAGACAUUGGAGACAUACUGCAACAGAUCAUCAUGACGAUCACCGACCAAAGUUUAGACGAAGCUCAAGCAAAAAAACACGCUUUAAACUGUCCGAUGAAACCGGCUUUAUUCAGCGUCCUGUGCGAAAUUAAAGAGAAAACUGGUCUUUCCAUGAGAAAUGCUCAGGAGGAGGAGCCUCCAGACCCACAGCUCGUGCGAUUGGACAACAUGCUUCUGGCCGAAGGUGUGGCCGGGCCAGAAAAAGGGGGCGGAGCCGCCGCUGCGGUUUCCGCGGCGACCAGCUCUGGCGGGAUGUCACCUGACAGCUCAUUGGAGCACUCCGACUAUAAAAGCAAGUUGAGCCAAAUUCGGAACAUUUACCACACAGAGCUGGAAAAAUACGAGCAGGCCUGCAGUGAGUUCACGACCCACGUGAUGAACCUGCUGAGGGAGCAGUCUCGCACCCGGCCUGUGUCUCCGCGCGAGAUCGAGCGCAUGGUGAACAUCAUCCACCGCAAGUUCAGCUCCAUCCAGACGCAGCUCAAGCAGAGCACCUGCGAGGCCGUCAUGAUCCUGCGCUCGCGCUUUCUGGACGCCAGACGUAAGCGGCGUAACUUUAGUAAACAGGCCACGGAGGUGCUGAACGAGUACUUCUAUUCCCAUCUCUCGAACCCUUACCCGAGCGAGGAGGCCAAAGAAGAGCUGGCCAAGAGCUGCAGCAUCACCGUGUCUCAGGUGUCCAACUGGUUUGGCAACAAGAGGAUUCGCUAUAAGAAGAACAUUGGGAAGUUCCAGGAAGAGGCCAAUCUGUACGCCAUGAAGACGGCUUUAGGAGCGACACAGAGCGAGGAGUCACCACACACCCCAAACUCCACUGGCUCAGGGUCGUUCUCGCUGUCAGGGUCAGCUGACUGCUUCCUAGGAGUUCCUCCAAUGAACGGAGAGCAGCCUCCGUAUCACAUGGGCGCUCAGGACGCUCAAUCCCGCUUCUCAGAGAGACUCUAUAGUACCAGAGAGAGCCGGACUAACGGGAGCUGGCAGGAGCCGAACACGCCGCCGUCCGCAGCUUCACCCGCGAGCGAUCACUCCGACAACUCCGACUGAGGAGCCGCUCGCUCCACACAACUGCAGUUUUAGCCUGUUUUUUUUACUUUUAUUUUUAUUGGACUUCACAUCGAGCCUCAUUCAUGAAACACAAGCAGAGCUUUUCAGUGCAGAUCAUUCAUAAAACUA